AUGAAAUACAGUGAUGCCACUCAUUCAACUUACAUCCGCCAUCUGAUAAUUGAAAAGAGCAAGAACCAGUUGAAAGCUCCAUCAGAAAUUGCCAAGGAGCUCAACAUUCUGCAUUCGACCAUGAACUCAAUAAUUGGAAGAUUUGAGAGAACUGGAAGUGUGGAGUACAAGUCUCUGGGUGGUGAUUUUAGAACAAUCAUCAAAGAUCAUCACAAACAGUUUAUUCUGGAUAUGAUUGAUAGCAACAAUACUAUCACUCUAGCAGAGCUACAGCAAGAGCUAGUAAAUCACUUCGAUGACCUAGAGAAAAUAAGUAUCUCACCCUGUGUAAUCACCUCUGCUACAUUGAGAGAAUCACUCUCAAAAGAGCAACACCAAUUGAGGAGAAGAAGAACGACGAAGUGA